AUGUUCCCAGCUCGUAGCUUCUACGAGCAGGACACGGUCAUCUCCAUCCCUUCUAGGUUCAGCCCGCAUCCCCGGUCCCGGCGCUUCGGAGGGCGCCCUGUGCUGGGCUUCUUCGCCGGGUCGCCGAACUCUUGCGCAAGGACAAGGGUGCUGGCGGCACUUUCGGCGGAGCCUGGAUUCGAUGUUUCCACAAGUUUCGCCAAGGACGACGGCGACUAUCGCGAGCGCAUGUGGCGAGCUCGAUUCUGCUUCGUCCUUCGAGGAUCCUCUCACACGAACAAUGUUCGCCUGUACGAUGUCAUGGCGCAUGGAUGUGUGCCAGUGGUCGUGUCCGACGAUUUCCAAGCCCCUUUGGACAGGCUGCUUCCCUGGAGGGAGAUGGCCGUCUUCUUGCCCACGAGCAGCAUACCGAGGCUGGCAGAGAUUCUUCGGCACGAGAUCACCGAGGCCGAUCGUUGGCGGUACUUUCAAAACAUCGCACUGGGCAGCCCGCCAGGUGCAAAGGGCUUUCCGGCGGACGUCGAAAUGGCAAAGUCGAUGGUAGCAGCCAAAGGAUUGGAUGAGGAGACACUUUGGAGUGGCCUCUCUGCCAGCAAGGUCUUCGAGUGGCACGACAGCCAUUUCUGGAUGCUCUUCUUUGCCGACGUGGCUUCCAAGCUGCGCGAUCGAAUGCAGAAGGCCUGCCAAGAAAAGCACUCAGCAGUCUUAGCAAGUCUUAGCGGCCCGUCUUCCAAGGCAGCCUUCCGAUGGCUCCUGGACUUGAGCAGGCGGCGGGAGCAACGUCGGGGCGCCAGACAUGAGCCCUAG